UCUCUGGUUGCUGGGAUAUGUUUCUGUCAUGGCGCGGUGCACAAACGAAACAGGACAACGUACUGGAAGUUUCUAGUUUCUGUAUCUUAAUAGGUACUUUUACAAUUGAUCGUACAAUUAUUGAUCUCUGUAUGUGACGGGAGUGGACUGGUACCACGUACAAGAAAUAUUAAAUCCAGAUUCUGCUUGUUGGCCAUACAAUGUCCGGAGGAAAUAAAGCCAUCGAACUGCAGUUACAAAUGCGGCAAAAUGCGGAGGAGCUGCAAGAUUUUAUGAAAGAACUUGACAGCUGGGAGACAGACAUCAAGAAGAAAGACGAACAGUUAAGAGGAGGAGGCGCUGGCGAACCGCAGCAACAAAAUUUACCACCCAUUCGAAAUAAGGAUUUUCGACAGAAGAAGAAAGAAAAGAGUAAAGUGUUGACCAAGAACGCAAAGAACCAACUGAAGCAGUCUAGAAUAAAGUCGUAUGACUACCAGUCCUGGGACAAAUUUGAUGUGGAUAAGGCACUGGAAUCCAUGGACAAGGACGAAAGCCCAGAUUCUGAGUCUGACACCGAGGAGACCGGAGUGCCUAUCGAUCGAGACCGUGCACUUUCAGAGAAAGAGAAAGGCAAUCGGUUCUUUAAGGAAGGCAAAUACGACGAUGCAGUAGAAUGUUACACCAGGGGCAUGGAUGCUGAUCCCUAUAACCCGGUCCUGCCAACAAAUCGAGCAACGUGUUUCUUCAGACUCAAAAAGUACGCUGUCGCGGAGUCCGACUGCAACCUGGCCAUCAUUCUGGACAGAAACUACGCCAAAGCUUACGCCAGACGAGGGGCUGCUCGCUUCGCCCUCUGCAAUUUGGAGUCCGCUCUAGAGGAUUAUGAGAUGGUCCUGAAGCUGGACCCUGAAAACCUGGAGGCUAAGAACGAAGUGAGGAAAAUAAAAGAGGCUCUGUCCCAGCAGGGAGCAAAAACAGACAGAAAGGAAAUUGCUGAAAAGAAGCUUCCGGAAGCAGUUGACAACCAAGAGGGGAAAGUCAGAGAGCAGCAAGUCAGACAGCAGGCGGUCGUGCAGAAAGACCUCGGCAACGCCUACUUCAAAGAGGGGAAGUACGAGGCGGCCGCAGAGUGCUACUCCAGGGGCAUGGAGGCAGACGCCACGAACGCCCUCCUACCUGCAAACAGGGCCAUGGCUUACCUGAAGCUCCAGAGGUACGCUGAGGCGGAGGAGGACUGCAGCAGGGCCAUAGCCCUGGAUGCCACCUACGCCAAGGCUUUCGCCAGGAGGGGGAGUGCCAGAGCAGCUCUGGGGAAACCGAGGGAGGCCAGGGAGGAUUUUGAGCAAGUUUUGAAACUUGAGCCUGGAAACAAGCAAGCAAUGGACGAACUCAAGAAAAUCUCAGCCGACGCUGCUGCCAGUGGUUUGACGUCUGAACAAUCAGCACUGGACCAGCAGACUCGGAGAAGAACUGUGCAGCCUGUCCAUAAGCCCCCGCCUCUCAGAUCAACUAAGCCUUUAAGAAGAAUUGAGAUUGAAGAAGUCGGAGGGGAGCCCCCCGUUUCUGAGAAACCCCUUGGGGCCCCUUCCUGUUCUACCAACGAGGGGACGGCUCCGCCCAUCGACGGCGAGGGAGACGACGGAAAAGGGGCGUCGCCCCCGAUUGGAUCCCCCUGCGCAAAGAUCCAAAAAAUAGAAGAGAUCUCCGACUCCCCCACACAACGCCCGGACGAGAAACCUGAGAGCAGAAAUGAGAAAGCUGAACAAACGAAGCGCAAGGAAGACCUCGCCAGUCGACAAGCCCUGCCCCCCUCCGUGUCUGAACCAGUCAGCAUUCCCGCCCUCCCAAUGAACAGCUUCCAGUUGGAGGCGGACAUGAGGAAGCUGAAAAAUCACCCUGAGAUGAUGUACAAGUACUUAAAGCAAAUCGAACCGGACAAGUACCCAAAGGUCUUCCAGAACUCUCUGGAACCAGACAUUCUCAAUCAGAUCCUGUGGAUAUUUAAAAGCUUCUACAUCAAGUACGAAGCCCCGUCUCUCAUGCUGGAGGUUCUGAGAAACCUGGCGACUGUGAGGAGAUUUGACAUGGCUGUCAUGUUCAUGUCCGCUGCUGAAAAGAAAGUUUUACACGAAUUGUUCGAUUGUCUCCGUCACGCUGGCUUGGAGGACGAAUCCGUCAAAGCUCUGCAGAAGAAGUACGAAGUGUGACUCUCGUGUUUGUGAUGAACCCCAACGACCCCCCUGCCCCGCCGCCCCCCACUGGCCUUUCUGGGAGGCCUGCAGACAGGAGCAGCUGGGAACUUCAACACGUUAGCUGCUUAAACUAAAGGGGGGGGGGGAAGAAAUAAAAUGUUUCGUUGCUGGGACACGGUGCCGACAGCCUAGUGCGCUGUGGUUGAAUUCUCAAGAUGAGGAAUACCUAGUUUCCCUGAACUCCUCCAUGGAGAACUGCUGAACUGGGAGCGGAAAAACGUUUUGACUUUGUCGUGGUCAGUGCUGCCUCGUUUCUGUAAGGGGUCGCACGGUUACCGUUUCGAAAGCAGCAGCCCUCCGUAGCUGUCAGGCCUGUGCGAGAUUCUGUCUUCAGAGUUUAAGUUACGUCUCGUUGCAGAGAUGUUCUUGUUAUAUAGAGCUCUGUCCUGAAUGGAAAAGACAUCAUCUCGUCGUCUGAAUGAUGAUUCAAUUAUGUGACCGCGGAGUUCUGCAAACCCUCAUUUGUCAAGUCUGCAGGAAUGCUAUUGUCUGGAAAUCGAAAUACGCAUAAAACUUUUGCCAAUA